AGAAGCAUACUAACUAAGAUAUAAAUUUAGAAGAAAUACUCAAUAUAUAUAUUGCCUUAAUGGAAACAGAAGCUGGAGCAGUAGAAGGUCAUUUUGAGCCAUCUUACGAGUGGCAACAUGAGGAAGGACUUGAUGUUCUCUUGGUCCAUCUCCCAGAAUUCAAGGAUAAAGAAGGUUUGAAGGUACAAGUUAGCAAUUUUGGAGUUUUAAAAAUCUCAGGAGAUCGCCAAGUGAACCAAACUAGGAUAAGGUUUUUUAAAGAAAUUCCAGUAUGGAAAGACCAUAACACAAAUGAGAUAAAAGCAAAUUUUGAGAAAGGUGUUCUCAAAAUUACAUUGCCAAAGAAAGUUACAUCUGCUUCAACUCUCAAGGAAGAAUAUAAAGCAACAACAUCCAUGCAAAUGCAAGUAGCGAAGCAAACAUCAAAGAAUUCAAGAUUCAGGAAAUUCAAAAAAGUGGCCAUUAGUAUUGCAGCUACCAUGCUUGUAGUUUCUGCCCUCUCCGGAUUUGCUUACUAUAUUUAUAGGUCUACAAUUGUUGAAGACUAAUUUUAAUUGCUUGUAUUAUAACCUGAACAAGCAUAUUGUAAGAGUAUACAAUAAAGGACAAUACAGAGGUCCACAACGAAUUAAUUAAGUUUAUAACUUUUC